UGAGUAAAAUAAUUCAUAUAGAUAGGAAAAGUAAACGUGGUAACAAAACCGAUAAAAGAGACAAAUAUUAGGUUGAGGAACAAGCUGAAAAAUAUGUCACACCUGAACGUAUAUAAGCGUUCAACUAUCUUAUACUAACCAACUAUUUACAUCGCUCCCUCUGUCUUAAAUAAUCUAAAUAAUUUUAAUGUGGCGGGAAAAUAAAACGUGGGAAUCAAAAUAAUAAAGAUAACGUAUAUACUAGGCCGAGGAACAGGCUGAAAAAUAAGUCACACCCAAACAUUCAAAUUUCUUCCUCUUUUCAACUACUUACACCUCUCCCUCUGCCUAAAAUAACCAAAAACAACAACAUCAAAAUUAUAAAGUGUAAUAUCAAACCGGGAAAUCUGUAAAAGUGAUAAAAACAAUACGAAAAUGCAGUAAAUUUGAUCCUCGGUCUGAACAACGUUGCCAUAUUAUCGUACUCAGCCUCUUAUAUAUGCUGAUUUCCGACCCCAAAACUGCCUCGUCGACCCAAAUAACUGCCUUCACAUAUAGUUAUCGUUAAAAUGCUUAAUUAUUGGUGUUUUUGGCAGCAGCUAUGGCUCAGAAACCGAUAAAUACGAGGUUCUGAGUACGACAAUCUGGCAACGGUGGGCGCGGAGUCAGUCAUGUUGUUGUGAGUGGAGGGUUGAGUGCUGUUCUCGCGGCGGCCGGAAGUCUUUAUUUUCCUUCAUAUUUACGGCUGUCUGUGAUAUGUCAGCGGUGCACAGACAGACACAGACACCAGAGACGUCAGGGGCAGCAUCCUUGGUUGUCCUUGUGCCCGGGAACUGCUGGAGAAAGGGAGGAGAGAGAGAAGAUUGAGGUGACUGGCCUGCGGGCGGCGGCUGCGGCAUGGUGAUCGGCCCAGGCUGGUGACUCACCGCCCGCACGCCCGCGCCAUGAUGGAGCGAGGCACCGUGCAUGUGUCCGCGCCCUCCCUCCACGCCCACGCCCACAUGACGGCCCUCACGGCGCCCACGCUGCCCCAGCGCUCGCCCUUCGCUAUCCAGGAGCUGCUGGGGCUCGGCUCACAGUCUGAGUCGCCGCCCGCCCCGCCCGCCUCGUCCUCCUUCGGGGCGGGCGGGUCCCUGGGGGCGGCGCCUCACCUGCUGUACUCGCGCCACGCCGCCCUGGCCGCCCACCAGCAGCACUCGCUUUUCCCAGACUCCCGCCAUGUCUGGAUGAACCCCGCCCUGCUGCCCGGCAUGGGCGUGGGAGGCCUGGGCGGGCCCGUCACGCCCGUCACUAUGAACAGCGCCAUGCCCUCGAUGCUGGGCCUGCGUCACGACGCCCACGCCGCCCACCCCGACGCCCACAGCCCAGGUGAGUCCAUUUCUUUGUUUGUUGAAGGCCCCGCCGCGCCCCGAGGCCGUGUGGCGGCGCUGUCCCGCGGGAGGCACGGCGGGCUGCUGCUGGCCGCGUGUUCCUCCGGCGUGCUGCAUCGUGCCGCCUCGUAAAUCUUGUUGUCGUGGCGGUGCCCGGCGGGGCCGCGGGCCGCGGGCCGGGCAGCCGCCGGGGAGGCCGCCGCCCUCAUCCCAGGCCGGGCAGUAACCUGAGACGCGGCUGCUGGCGAC